CAGAGCUAUAAGCAUCAGCUCAAGUUGAAGUGAUCAAGCAUCCAACACAAUUGAUCAAUGACACUCAGCACAAUGUCUACCAACGGAGCAACUGUCACCCACGCACACUCAGACAGAGACGGCCACUUCCGCCGCAAAGACAGCGCCUUCCGCGACUGGAUCUCCAAAGACCCAAACUCGAAGUUCCCCGCCGAAAGUGGUCGAUAUGCACUAUACAUGAACUAUGGAUGUCCCUGGGCUCACAGAACAUCUAUCGUGCGAGCACUGAAAGGCUUGGAAGAUCAUAUCCAAAUGAUCGCAACGGACUUUGAUCUGACGAGUAACGGCUGGACAUUUACAGGCAAGAAUGGCUCCGAAGGCAAAGAUCCGCUAUAUGGUUUCACAGGACUCAAACAACUUUAUCUCAAAGUCGAUCCGGAGUACACGGGAAGAUAUACCGUUCCUUGUCUCUUCGAUAAGAAAAACGAGACCAUUGUGAGCAACGAGUCAAGCGAGAUCAUCCGCAUGUUCUAUACAGAAUUUGAUGACCUCCUGCCUCCCGAGCUUCGAGAAGAGAAUAAACAAGGCGGUGGAUUCUAUCCCGAACAUUUGCGGAAAGAAAUCGAUGAGAUGAAUGAAUGGGUCUACAACACCGUAAACAACGGCGUCUACAAAUGCGGCUUCGCCACAACCCAAUCCGCCUACGACACAAACAUCUACCCCCUCUUCACCUCCCUCGACCGUCUCGAAUCGCACCUCUCAGACCCAUCCCACCAACCUUUCCUCUUCGGCCCCCACAUCACCGAACCCGAUAUCCGACUCUUCACAACUUUGAUCCGCUUCGAUGCAGCUUAUCAUACAAUUUUCCAAACUAAUUUAAAGUCAAUUCGACACGAUUAUCCGAAUUUAUAUCUUUGGUUGAGGAGAUUAUAUUGGGAUGAAAGUGAGUUGACGAGAGGUGGGGUUUUUAAACAGACGAGCAAUUUUGAGGCGUAUAGGUAUGGGUAUGCGAGGGCGAGGGGGAGGAUGUUGAAGGGUGGGGAUGUGGGAGAUGAGGAGUUGGAGGGGGUUGUUAUGCCGAGGGGGCCAAAGGUUGAUAUUGAUCCUUUGAAAGAAGAGGAGAGGGUGAAGUGA